AUCUCAGCAGCUAUUUUAUACUUUUGGUUGAGAAGGGGAAUCGUUAUUUGCUUCUCAAUAGCUGCUUCUGUUGCUGAUAUGAAAGAAUAAGGCUCAAUUUGGAGCAAAUAAAAAACAUUGAUUUCUUAUUUGCUGUCUGUUUGGGAGGAGUUAUCUUUUAGUAACCAUGGGUAUCCAUCAGACUGGGGUUGGAACAUUGGCACUUCAUUUCACUGCACAGGCAAAGGGGCAGCAACUCCAGGGAUUUUGCUGAAAGCUGCAGUACAAAGUGAGACCAAGUGAGACCAAGGGAGGAAAGAAGGAAAGGACAGGACAGAAAAAGCUGCAGGAGCACACAUCAGAUCAAGCAGGACCAAGGAAAGCAGGAACCUAUUUCUGAUGCCUUAGAAGGGAAUUCACAUCUUGUGUCAAGAGGUGCUCCAAAUGUUCUGUAAUAGCAGCUUGGGGACCAGUUGCAGUGCUGCCUGCAACAUGGGUUUGACCAACAGCAGCAGUCUAGCUGUGUGUCAAGAACAGGAUAUUGAAAUCUGGGCCCUUCCACCCUGCAACAAGUAUCUCUGCCCACUGCUGCCCAUAUGCAUUCUCAUCCCAGUGACAGCUGUUUGCUUGCUCUUGCUGGUGCUGGGUGUAGGGGGCAAUGUCUUGACUGUGAUUGUGACAAGCUGCUCCCAAGAGCUACACAACACUACCAGUCUAUAUCUGGGCAGUUUGGCUGUCUCUGAUCUGUUGAUGCUCCUCCUGGGUCUACCCUUGGAUCUGUACCGUGUGUGGCGCUCCCAGCCAUGGGUGCUGGGAACUGUGCUGUGUCGAGUGUGGCACUGGUCAACUGAGGCAUGUGCCUACUGUUCCAUCCUGCAUCUGACAGCCCUGACAGCUGAGCGCUAUCUGGCCAUUUGCUUCCCGCUGCGGGCUAAAGUCCUAGUGACCCAACAGCGGGUAAAAGCCCUUCUGGUAGUGCUCUGGGUUGUGGCACUGCUCUCUGCUGCACCUUACCUGUUCCUUGUGGGAGUCCAACAGGCUGGCAACCUUUCCAGUGAUGAUGAUUUCAGCCGUGAAUGUGGCCCUACUUUGCAUGCCCAACAGACAGGGCUGUUAGAGACUAUGCUCUGGAUCACCACCAGCUACUUCAUCCUUCCCUUCUUCUGUCUCUACAUUCUCCAUGGCUUGAUUGCUAGAGAGCUUCUGCGUGUUGGCAAAGCACAUCUUGGUUUGGCUUCAUACAGGAACCAUCAGCAAACAGUGCGCAUGUUGGUUAUCCUGGUUCUGGCAUUCCUCAUUUGCUGGCUGCCCUUUCAUGUUGGCCGGAUCAUAUAUAUCAACUCAAACAACACCAGGAUGAUGCUUUUCUCUCAGUACUUUAAUGCUUUUGCAUUGCAGCUUUUCUACUUGAGUGCUACAAUCAACCCAAUCCUUUACAAUCUUGUCUCAAAGAAAUACAGGGCAGCAUUGUACAAGUUGCUGGUAACCAAAAAGCGACCAGAACGGGCUUCAACUAUUACUAGAGAGACAGCUGGCUACCUAGAGAUUACUGGAUAAUUUAAAAAUGAAAUGAUUCCCAGGACCCUUUCUCCCAUUGCUUUCACUGAUUGCUUUUUGGCAGAUGUGUGAAAUGAAGGGCAGAUCAUAGUUAAUGCUUCCAGGCAUAGCUCUUUGAAUUGUAAGACCGGGCUGGUGCUGGUGAAACCAAAACUAUCACUAGGGCUAUUUGGACAAGCAGAGAAAGAUGCUCCCUCCUUCCGUGUAUAGUAUAAUUACCGCCUGGUCUUUCCAGCAAACUAAUGCUUGUAAACCAGUAAUAGAAGCCACAAACUGAUUUUGAUUGGCAGGCAAGGACUUUCCUACAGUUUGCCAGCUCUGCAAAAAUGGGUUAGGGUUAGGGUUAGGCAGUUCGAGUUUGGCCACCGGUGAUGAAGGCAGGCUUGACCAUUUAAAAGCUCUUGUCAGCUUAGCAACACUAUGAGAUAGCCCAUCAUUUGACAUUUUAGAUACAAAAGAUCCAAUUUUCAAUUCUCUAAUACAGUUCUAGCAAAUUUUAAAAGAUUCACCUGCAGCCUCUUGAGGGUUGCUGUACUGCAGCUGGGACUGGAGACCUACUGUAUGAGCUGGACAAAAAGCCUGAUUAUAAGAAUAGCAGCCUAUAUUUUUGAUUAGCCUAUACUAUGCUUAUAAAUUUCCUAUUAGACUAGGCAGUAAUGCUUUCGGUCAGCAUCUUUGUAGCUGGGUUUUCAAUUUGCCACAGUUCAAAAGACAAGAUCUAGUUAGCUGGAUCAGAUAGACUAACAAAAACGAUGAAAUAAAUGUGGAAUGGAAGGUAAGGAUUAUGAUUAAAUCAGACUAUAUGUUCAUUUAUUUUAGCUCUCCAUGUGCUUCCCUCACAUUGAUACCAAUCAGCUGAUACAAUUUUAAUUGUAAUUCUGUCUGACUAGGGGAACUAUGAGAAAACCUGGAGGUUUUAUGAUAAUAAUUAUGAGAUGUUUGAUUCUCAUCUAGACAAAAAUAGUAAAACUAUAUCCUACCCUGAUGCAAUUAAGGUCACAGUUGUAGGGCCCUGACACAAGAAGGUUAAAACAAGUUGAGUUCACCCAACUCUAUAAAAAUAAAUUACAUCUAUAAUUUCCUUUCAACAAAAAGUGAGUAUUUCAUAAAUUAUAGGGUAUGAGAAGUUUCUGUUCCCUUUAGCAGAGGUAUCAGUGUGUCUCUCCAGUGGAAGGCUGAUGGCUUCAAGAGUACAAUACGUCAGAGGUCCCCAACCUUUUGGGCACCAGGGAUCAGUUCCAUGGAGAGAGAUUUUUCCGUGGACUGGAGGGGGCGUGGUUUUGUGUGCUGCCUGCAACCCGCGGAUGGGGCUUUCCUUGUUUGUACGUACUGGUUGCUGGCAUGCUGCAGCCCGGUACUGGUCCAUGGACUGUGGGUUGGGGACCCCUGCAAUACAGUUUAAGGGCUACAUUGUGAAGUUCACAGAAGAUAAGAAGCUGAAAUGACAGGUAGAUCCUGAAGAAAAGGUGAAUGAAGUCUGGUUCUAUUUCUUUUGGUACUUUCUUUGCCUGAGAUCCCAUUCUCUCUAAGGAUCUGUUUAUUUCUCUUUAUCUUCCUCCUACAGCAGCAGCCAGGGGAGAGUCUGAUGGACCUUAGCAAAGUUUUGAGCUGCUUAUUUCAAAGGGCUUCUUUGGAUUAGGACAAAGCUUGUGUAAGUUUUUUGCUGGUUGCCAACUUUUCCAGAUAAGGAAGAUAGAUAGAUAGAUAGAUAGAUAGAUAGAUAGAUAGAUAGAUAGAUAGAUAGAUAAUUAAAA